AUGGCCACGCACGAUGCUCACCACAACGCCGUCCCUCCACAGGACGUGGAGAAGGAUGUGCAUACCUCUGGUGCCGACCACUACAAUGGUGCCAAUGGUGCUCAAGUAGGCCAAAACACAUACUCACGACAAGCCGGGCCUUUCUCCCGCGUUGCCGACUACCGGAACAUGACUGAAGGAGAAGCGCAGGCAUUCGGCGGUUCGCUCCAACCCGGCCUAUGGAAGCCGUAUGAGCACAGAAAGUUCGCCAACCCGGCACCCCUCGGUCUCUCGGCCUUCGCCCUUACCACGUUCGUCCUUUCUUGCGUCAACCUCCACGCUCGCGGCGUGACUGCGCCCAACAUUGCCGUCCCCCUCGCCUUUGGAUACGGAGGUCUGGUCCAGCUCCUCGCUGGCAUGUGGGAGAUGGCCGUUGGCAACACCUUUGGUGCCACUGCCCUUUCAUCGUACGGCGGCUUUUGGAUCGCAUACGGCAUCCUCUUGACCCCCAACUGGGGCAUCAUCGCCACGAAUGGCCCCUAUGCCGCCAACUACUCUGACCACUACUCGGCCGUCGGCUUCUUCCUGACGGGCUGGUUCAUCUUCACGACGCUGCUGCUCCUCUGCACCCUGCGCUCGACCGUGGUCUUCUUCUCCCUCUUCUUCACCCUGGAUCUGGCCUUCCUCUUCCUCGCCUGCGAGAACUACGCCGCCAACAACGGUGCGUUGACCGCGUCGCGCAACCUGCAGAUUUGCGGUGGUACUUUUGGUAUGCUUGCCGCGUUUUUGGCGUGGUAUUGCGCUUUGGCAGGUCUUCAGGACGAUAGCAACUCCUUCUUCCAGGUUCCCGUUUUCCACCUGCCGUGGUCCGACAAGGGCAAGGAGAUUCGCCGGGCCAAGAGCAACGUCGCCUAA